AUGCCUGCUUUUCCUACUUAUGACACCAAUGCCUCAACCUUUCUCCUAACAGGCUUCCCUGGCCUGGAACGGGAAUACCUGUGGCUCUCCAUCCCUUUCUCCUGCAUCUAUGCUAUGGUACUCUCAGGGAACUGCCUGGUGCUGCAUGUGAUCCGGACUGAGCCGAGCCUGCAUGAACCCAUGUUCUACUUCCUGGCCAUGCUGGCCCUCACUGACCUGUGCAUGGGGCUGUCCACAGUGCACACGGUGCUGGGCAUCCUGUGGGGGCUCAGCCAGGAGAUUGGUCUGGAUGCCUGCAUUGCUCAAACUUUCUUUGUUCAUGGUCUAUCAUGCAUGGAGUCUGGAGUCCUUCUUGCCAUGGCCUUUGAUCGUUUCACUGCAAUCUGCAAUCCUCUGAGAUAUACAUCCAUCCUCACCAAUACCAGAAUCAUCAACAUUGGUGUGGCCAUUUUAGGGAGGAGUUUCCUGUUCAUCACUGCCCCCAUUGUCCGCCUAAAGUUCUUCGAUUACUGCCGCCCCCACAUCCUCUCCCACUCUUUCUGCCUGCACCAGGACCUGCUGCGGCUCGCCUGCUCUGACAUCCGCUUCAACAGUUUCUAUGCCCUGGCUCUGGUGAUCUGCACACUGUUUUUGGAUUCAGAGCUCAUUNUAAUUCUUGUAUCCUAUAUUCUGAUCCUUCAUUCUGUCUUGUCAAUUGCAUCCCGGGAGGAGCGGCUAAAAUCCUUACAGACCUGUGUCUCCCACAUCUGCGCUGUCCUGGUUUUCUAUAUCCCAAUUAUUGGUCUCACCAUGGUGCACCGUUUUGGGAAACACCUCUCUCCUGUGGUCCAUGUCCUCAUGGGCAACAUCUACAUCAUCUUCCCACCCCUGAUGAACCCCAUCAUCUACAGUGUGAAGACCCAGCAGAUCCGUGGCAGGAUUCAGAAGUGGUUCUCCAUGAAGAGAGAGUAA